ACCGCGUUUAAUUUCUAACCAGCGUAUAAAAACUGAAAUUUCCUAUGCAUGAAGCACGGUUAGGACUAACCGGAGGUCUUAAACGCGGAUAAAGUUACACACAAUGUUUUGUGCGUUUAAGUAUCUUAACCGCGUAUAAGUCAGAAAACAACAUGGCUGCUGUCAUUCUUCAGCGUUAUCGAGAACGCCGAUUACUGAGGAGAAACAGAAUAUUUAGGGACCGAACUCAUCCGUUUGAUGUUUUUGACGAUGAUGUCAUAUUUGCCAAGUUUAGAUUUAGAAGACAGGAAAUUCUAGCAAUCACAGAUGACAUCAGCGUCGAUAUUCUAUUAUCUAAACGGAUGGGUUCAUUGACCCCUCUUCUGCAAGUGCUAAUUACACUUAGAUACUUUGCCAGUGGCAGUUUCCAAGACGUUUGUGAGGAACUUAUAGGAGUUGACCAGUCAACCGUAAGCCGAACUGUGACAAGAGUCACCGACGUCUUGCUACGUCAGGUACCAAACCAUGUUCGAUUACCCAAUGGAAAAAAACAAGAUGCCAUAAAAACUAAAUUUUAUGACAUGAGUGGAUUUCCAAAUGUGGUUGGAUGCAUCGAUGGGACUCAAGUUCAAAUACAAUCUCCUACGCAGAAUGAACAUGAAUUUGUUAACAGGAAAGGCUACCAUUCCAUCAAUGUUCAGCUGAUGUGUGACGCAGACCUCAUAUUCAUCAACUGUAUUGCGAAAUGGCCUGGAAGUGUACAUGAUUCAAGAAUACUACGAGAGUCAUCUUUAUUCGAAGAUUUUGAGAACAAAAGGCAGCCUAUGAGAGGAAUCAUCUUAGGAGACAGUGGCUAUAUGUUGCGUGACUGGUUGUUAACUCCGAUUUCUAAUCCCACUACACGUCAAGAGAGAAACUACAACUUAGUCAUAGUUCAACACGUACAGCUAUCGAACGGGCCAUAGGAGUUUUGAAGAGGAGAUGGCACUGUCUUCGCAGACUUCGUUUGACUCCUGCCAAGGCAUGUAAAGUUAUUGCAGUAUGUGUUAUGCUAAGUAACCAUGCCAGAAGGCUCAACUUAGAUGUCCCAGACACAGACAGUGACAGUGACGAUGAACCUGACUAUGAACAAGCUUCAGAUGCCCACAUGGAGGAAGUCCUACCUGUAAACAACCCAAUGAUAGAACGUGCCAGGCUUGCUGCUGGAAAAACUGCCAGAGAGAGAUUAAUCAACAAUUAUUUUCACUGAAAGUCCAUCGUGUUAAAUAAACAUUACAUUAUUAAUUGAAUAUUACUUUGCUUCCUUGUGCUUAAUAAAGUGACCACGAAACAACAUAAAUAUUUGCUUUCUUUAUUACGUAUUACAAUUACAAAAUAAACGUAAACAAUAACUUUGCCUAAGUAAAACGUAAAAACCAUACUUGUUCAUAGCAUGUUGUUCAUUAAUAAUGUAGGUGUAAUAAGGAACUAUAAAACUAGUUCAUUCAGGGUAUUCAUACAAAUAUCCCUAUUAUUAAAUGAAUUUAUUGCAGUUUUCAUUACAAAAUUUAAUUAUGUAACUCGUCUUCCUUUUCAAGUUUUUCAAGUUUUUUUAAUUUCUAACAAAAUCUUUUUGUUUUUGUUAUUGAAAAAAAUGGUCAUGGCCUUGUUUUUUUCUAUCUCACUUUUGAGAUAUUCCUCAAAGAGAUCAUUCUCAUGAUCAUCUAGCCCUUUCUCCACCAAGGACUUUCUUUUUAUUUUUCUAUUUUGGGCCUUUGAUUUCGUUAUUAAUAUUUUGUCAAGUGAUGGUGAAGCUGAUUGUUUUGCUUCAAAUGUUUUACUUUCAUUUACAAUAGCAACUGCUAUAUUAUCAUCGUCCUGACAUAGUGUUGUGUCUACAUUUAAAAGCAGUGUUAAAGUGAGAGAUGAAGGUGUUGGACCAGAGAUAGUUUGGACGGAUGUCAAAUCCUCAGGGUAUUCCUUUGAGCAAUGUGGCGUGGGUUCCGAGGAAACCACACACGUAUUUUCAGUGUUAUUCUUGCACUCGACUGCUUGUGUUUGUGGGUUUUCAUAAGUGUCUGUUCCUUGCACUGAAAAGAAAUAAAUUAUACCUAAUAUUAUUUAUUUUUGUAAUAAUCAUUAUUACGUAUUGAUUGAAUAAAAUUCAUUGCCAU